AUGCAUUCAACUGCUGCUGACUUUUUUAUUCCAUCCAGUCGAAUUUCUACAGAUCGUCGAUGUGACAAUUGUGGUGAUAGUAUAGAUCUAAUUAGUUGGCGCCAAUGUAAAGUAUGCAAAUUAUUUGAUUUAUGCAUUUUAUGUUCACAACCUGGUGCAAUAUUUGUUAAAGGUGUUUAUGAUAAACAUAAACAAUUACAUAAGAAAAUAGGAGUAAAUGAAUCAAUAAAAUUUAUAGAAUUCAGUGAAGGAUUUUAUCAGGCUACACCAACAGAAGUGGUCAUAGAAGGAAGAAAGCGUCAUUUCAACUAUAUUGUCGAACAGAAUAAGAUCCAAGAUGAUUAUGAUAUGUAUAUUGUUACUGCUGAAUUGAUUAGGAUGGAAAAAGAAGGCAUAAAAUCAUCAUCAUUGGUACGCCAAUUAAGUUUAAUGAUGAAAGAUUAUCAUCUACAAGCAUUCACAAAAGAUAUACGCAUACUCAGUCUAGAUGGUGGUGGUAAGCAGACAAAAUAG